CAUUUCUACUCCUUCCCAGAAGAGUAUUAAGGCUGAAGCAGGAGCAACAGCGGUGAAAGACAAACAUGAGUGUGAAGGGCAUGGUUAUAGUCUUGGCUGUGAUAUUCUGUGCUACAAUUGUUCAAGGUUUUCCCAUGUUCAAAGGGGGACGCUGUCUUUGCAUAGGCCCUGGAGUAAAAGCAGUGAAAGUGGCAGAUAUUGAGAAAGCCACAAUAAUUUACCCAAGUAACAACUGUGACAAAACAGAAGUGAUUAUCACCCUGAAAGCACACAAAGGACAAAGAUGCCUAAAUCCCAAAUCGAAACAAGCAAACAUAAUCAAGAAAAUUAAAAGAAUGAAUUUUUUAAAAUAUCAAAAUGUAUGAAGUCUGGGAAAGAAAAUUUGAAAACCCAGAACAAGUUUAACUGUGACAACUGAAGUGAUAAGAAUUCCACAAUAGGAAAGUGAUUUUCUCCUGCCUGUUGAAAUGUACAUUCAUGCAUUUCUGGGUCAGAGAACCUCAGAGUUCUGUUGGUUAUAAUUAUUCUGUGACUAUAAAAACAUUUCUGUAUCUGUAAGUUAUGUGUCUAUACUUGAUCUCUCUGCUAUAUUACAAUCGAGACAUUAUUACUGGACUUAAGACCUUUUAAGUCAAAAGCAUACAUGUGUGUAAUAAACAUUCCCUAAGUAGUUUUUAAUGCAAAUCCAUUUUUACCCCAAAAUCAUAUAGCACAUAUAUACAUAGGGAAAAAGUUCUUAUAUAUGUAUUUCCAUUUUAUAAAAAGUCCAUAAUUCAUGAAAUGUACUAUGAAAAACAUAAGCUAAGGAAAACUAGUAUGAGUGCAAAUAUUUCAUAACUGAACUAGUGGCUUUGGUCUUUGAUUUUUUUCAGCACCUUUUUUUUUCAUGGAGACGUUUUAAUGCAAUAAAGAUGUAUGUGUUUACUAUGUA